CUCUCUCUCUACUCUUCUUCUUCGUCCUCUCUCCCUAUUUCUCUCUAAGCUUCAGAAUCAAAAGACCUUACAAACGAAACUAAUAAAAUCUCUCUUAAAGGAUAAAUUCUGCUUCUGUCACUUUCUCUUUUUAUUUUUCAGCUCAGUUUCCUUUCCCGGCGACUCCAACUUUGAUCGUCGCCGGCGAUUUCACAAUCUUUUUUUUUGUUCUCAGUUUAUCUCUCCAAAUGUUGUCCAGACAUAGUUUCAUUCUUUGUCUUAUUUUUUUCUUCGUCAAAGCAUUUUCCGGCGACUCAAGAGGACUCGCCGCCGGAAACAGUCAGCAAAAAAACAUCUCGGGCUUUUCUGGGAUUGACUUCCCAAAUCCGAUGCGCUUCGGUUCUGUUUCUUCUUCCACAAGCAACGACUGCGGCUUCUCUUCCCCUGAGAACCAACCCACAAAGGAACGGACCGGAGAGAACAAGACGGUCAAGUUUCAUUUGAAGCGCCGAGAAACAACAACGCAGCACGAAGCAGAGAAGAAGACAUCAAAUUCUGUUCUCGAGCUCAAUUUCCGAGAUCUCACUAGAAUCCAGACGCUUCACAAAAGGGUUUUGGAGAAGAAGAACCAAAACACUGUCAAGAAGCAGAAGAAGAAUAAAGAAGUCGUUACCUCUCCGGUGGCUUCUUCUCCGGUGGAAGAGAAGCAAUCUGGUCAGUUGGUGGCUACACUUGAGUCCGGUAUGACUCUUGGUUCCGGCGAGUACUUCAUGGACGUCUUGGUUGGUUCGCCACCAAAACACUUCUCCUUGAUUCUUGACACAGGGAGUGAUCUGAACUGGAUUCAAUGCUUGCCCUGCUACGACUGUUUCCAGCAAAACGGUGCGUUUUAUGACCCAACAGCCUCUGCUUCUUACAAGAACAUAACUUGCAAUGACCCAAGAUGCAACCUAGUCUCAUCACCUGACUCUCCAACGCCCUGCAAAUCGGAUAACCAAUCAUGUCCUUACUACUACUGGUAUGGGGAUAGCUCCAACACCACUGGAGACUUUGCUCUCGAGACUUUCACGGUUAAUCUGACAACAAGUGGAGGAAGCUCGGAGUUGUAUAAUGUGGAAAACAUGAUGUUCGGCUGUGGUCAUUGGAACCGAGGUCUCUUCCAUGGUGCUGCAGGCUUGCUUGGAUUAGGAAGAGGCCCGCUUUCGUUUUCCUCUCAGCUUCAGUCUCUUUAUGGUCAUUCCUUCUCUUAUUGCCUAGUCGAUAGAAACAGCGAUACCAACGUUAGUAGCAAACUGAUUUUUGGGGAAGACAAGGAUUUGUUGAGCCAUCCGAAUCUGAACUUCACUUCUUUUGUUGCCGGGAAAGAAAACCUCGUAGACACAUUUUACUACGUACAUAUAAAAUCCAUUCUUGUCGCUGGAGAAGUUCUAAACAUACCUGAAGAAACAUGGAAUAUCUCAUCAGAUGGCGCUGGAGGGACGAUCAUCGAUUCGGGCACAACCUUAAGUUACUUUGCAGAACCUGCAUAUGAAUUCAUCAAGAACAAGAUUGCAGAGAAAGCAAAAGGGAAGUACCCGGUGUACAGAGAUUUUCCAAUCCUAGAUCCUUGCUUCAACGUGUCUGGCAUCGAUAACGUUCAGCUGCCAGAGCUUGGGAUUGCUUUUGCAGAUGGCGCGGUUUGGAAUUUCCCGACGGAGAAUUCUUUCAUAUGGUUGACUGAAGAUUUGGUUUGCUUGGCAAUUCUUGGAACUCCCAAAUCAGCCUUCUCAAUCAUAGGAAACUACCAGCAGCAGAACUUUCAUAUACUCUACGAUACAAAGAGGUCCAGGCUCGGGUAUGCACCUACAAAGUGUGCUGAUAUAUAAACCUUUCUUGUCGAUUAGACAGAUUUAAACUCCAUCAAAGCAACUGUACACAACAAUAAGAACAGAUUCUUUUUUUUUUUUUUUUUUUCCCUUUAGAUUUAUUCAUUCUUUAGGAUAUUCCUUUUAAACAUGUAUUGCUGUAGAACAAACAAAGAUCAUAUACUAAACUAAUGUACUUAUUCAACUUUCUUUUCUGAA